UUUUUUUUUUUUUUUUUUUUUUUUUUCUAAAAGAAUCUUCCAGCCUAAAGCGAUCAAUGCAGACCAACUCGAGGAAACCAACAUAUCAAGCCAACCUUAGGCAAGCAUUAAUGGCAGGUGCAGUGGCUGGUAUUGCCGUUGAUACUGCCCUAUACCCUCUUGAUACAAUAAAAACCCGUUUUCAAUCAAAAACUGGAUUUAGAGCAUCUGGUGGCUUUCGAGGAAUCUAUUCAGGUCUUUUACCUGCAGUGGUAGGAAGUGCUCCAAAUGCCUCUUUAUUUUUCGUCACUUAUGAAGCAGCCAAGAGAUUAAUGGGCGCAUCUACAAGCAGCAAUACCCCUUUUACUUAUAUGAUUGCAGCUACUUUUGGAGAAAUUUCUGCAUGCACAGUGCGUGUGCCAACUGAAGUAAUCAAACAGCGAAUGCAGAUCAAACAAUUCAAUUCAACAUCAAGCGCUAUCACCAACGUAUUGCGCACAGAAGGCAUACUAGGCUUUUAUAGAGGAUUUUUGCCUACAGUAGCCAGAGAGAUACCCUUUACAUGCAUACAAUUUCCACUUUACGAGUACUUUAAAACAACAUAUGGAAGAUAUAAACAGCAACAUGUGGAGCCUUAUGAAGCUGCGCUGAUGGGAUCAUUAUCAGGUGGAAUUGCAGCAGCUAUUACAACACCUUUAGACGUUUGCAAAACUCGCAUCAUGCUUUCAAAGACAGCGAAAGAGGCUAAUUUGGUAGAAACAAUGAGAAAGAUCAUGAUUGAAGAGGGGCCUAAGAAACUAUGGGCUGGUGUUGGACCACGAGUUAUGUGGAUAUCUAUAGGAGGGAGCGUGUUUUUGGGCGUAUACGAAAAAGCAGUAAAGACAUUUACACAAUUGCAGUUAUUUGCGUGAUAAUUCUAUAUAUAUAUAAGUGCUUUAUUCUGAGAAAAUGCACAUUUUUUUGUACAUAAUAAACAUUAAGUCCAUCCUUGUAGAUCUGUAAUUAAACAUGCUGCUCUUGUUGAUAUAUCUUCUAUAAAGGCAAACUGACUAUAAUAAAAAGUGGGAAGAAAUACAUAUGUAACCUACGAUAUCCAAUUGUUCAUGAAUCAAAAAUAAUACACGACCAGAAUCUAGUUAUUGAGGAUAAACCAUGCAUGUAUGUUCCUGGAGGCGAUUUAAUCUCAGAAUAUAGCUUGGAAAUUACAGCUUGUCGGAGCAAUAAAAAGGGCAGCUGAAAUCCAUUGGUUGCAUAACAAUUGUGGGUCAAUAAGCAGUGUCUACACCUCAAUAACAAAAGCCCAGUAGUAUAAACUGACGAAUCACAAUAAUAGUAAGCGCAACUAUCAUUUUUUAAUAUAUUCAUCUUUGUUCUUCCAGAUAAAACAUAAAGAG